AGACCGGAAGAGGAAGAGGAGGGAUAUAAAUACGUUUCUACACACCAGAAACAAACUGCUAACGGGUGUAAAUUUAGACCUAAAAUUCUGAAUAUUUAAUAAAUUAAGGGGAUUUAUUUGUCCAACAUGUCUGGACAAAACAACCUCCUAAAUGCGAAACAGCCGCCGAUUCAGUCCACGGCUGGAGCUGUACCUGUCCGAAAUGACAAAGGUGAGCUUUCUAUGGAAAAGGUGAAGGUGAAGCGCUAUGUGUCGGGAAAGCGCCCGGAUUACGCUCCGAUGGAGUCCUCUGACGAAGAGGAAGAUUUCCAGUUCGUCAAGAAAGGCAAAGAGGCUGAACCGGAGAUGGAAGUGGAAGAGGAGGACAUGUCAGACCCUCGCCUUCGCCGCCUCAUGAACCGCGAGUCGGAAGAUGUCGAGGAAAGACUCGCACGGCACAGACAAAUCGCUGAGCCGGAGCUGAUCGUCGAGAGCAGCGAGGAUUCGGACGAGGGAACCUGGCACCCGGAGCGAGAGGAGAGCAGUGAGGACGAGGAGGAGGAGGAGGAAGAGGAGGAGGAAGUGGAUGAUGAGGAAAUCGAGAGGCGGCGAGCGAUGAUGAGGCAGCGGGCGCAGGAAAGGAAAAACGAAGAGACUGAAGUCAUGGAGGUGGAGGAAGAAGGGAAGUCCGGAGAGGAGUCAGAGUCCGAGUCUGAGUACGAGGAAUACACGGACAGCGAGGACGAAACCGAACCGCGGUUAAAACCAGUCUUCAUCCGCAAGAAGGACAGGGUGACCGUUGCUGAACGCGAGGCCGAAGAGCAGAAGCAGAAGGAGCUGGAAGUCGAGGCCAAGAAGCAGGCAGAGGAACGUCGUCGCUACACCCUGAAGAUCGUAGAGGAGGAAGCCAAGAAGGAGUACGAGGAGAACAAGCGCACUCUGGCCGCCCUGGACGCUCUGGACACGGACGGAGAAAACGAGGAAGAGGAGUACGAGGCAUGGAAGGUCCGAGAGCUCAAGAGAAUCAAGAGGGACCGUGAGGCUCGAGAAGCAAUCGAGAAGGAGAAAGCAGAGAUCGACAGGUUCCACAAUCUCACGGAGGAGGAGCGACGGGCUGAGCUCCGCACCAACGGGAAGGUCAUCACCAACAAAGCGACCAAGGGCAAAUACAAGUUCCUGCAGAAGUACUACCACAGAGGAGCUUUCUUCAUGAACGAAGAGCAAGACGUGUUCAAGAGAGAUUUCAGCGCACCGACACUCGAGGACCAUUUCAACAAAACGAUUCUACCCAAAGUCAUGCAGGUCAAGAACUUCGGCCGUUCAGGACGCACAAAAUACACACAUCUGGUGGAUCAGGACACCACCUCGUUCGACUCCGCUUGGGCUCAGGAAAGCGCCCAAAACAGCAAGUUCUUCAAACAGAAGGCAGGGGGCGUAAGAGACGUGUUCGAUCGGCCAACAGUACAGAAGAGGAAGACAUGAGUUCUAUUCUGGACUUCUAAUCCGUCUAUAUCUGUAUCAUUUUUUAUAUAUAUAUAAAAAUCAGUGAAGAUAAAAGGGGUCACAGCUGCAACAUGUUUUUAUUACAUUUAAAAUUUGUACAUCUGAUGGAUUCCUUUGCAUUUUUUUUUCUUUUUAGACCCUUGUAAAAAUCUUAGCUGUAAGUGUGAAUAAAUUACUAGAACAGGAAAACCAA